UUUCCGCCUCGCCCAAUGGUUAUUUUAAACUGCAUAUUAAAGAUGCCUCAAAAAUAAUAAUGAAAUGACUUGAAAUUUAGGUUCAUGCAUUGAUUUUUUAGUAAGGUUUGUGGAGUCAUUUUGCAAACAUGAAAAUAACCGACAGCGUGCUAAGGAGUUUCAGGGUUGCAAGAACAUACCGCGAAAAUUCGGAUAAAGUAAAUUGUUUGGAGUACAGUCCGAAUGGUGAAAACGCAAUCUCAAGCAGCGACGACGACCGCAUUGUUGUAUACGAUAUCACCCGAGGAAAACCUAUUGACACACUUUACAGCAAGAAGUAUGGAGCAGACCUGAUCCGUUACACGCAUAGAGAUUCCCAAAAAGUCAUCUACAGUUCCAACAAACUGGAUGAUACAAUACGAUAUCUAUCACUGACGGACUACAAGUACAUCAGAUAUUUCCCUGGUCACACUGCAAGAGUUACAGCUCUCUCCAUGUCACCUGUGGAGGAUAUGUUCAUGUCUGCUUCACUGGAUAAGACAAUUCGCAUUUGGGAUCUGCGCACCGAAAAUGUACAGGGUCUAACUGAACCACUUGACAGACCCAUUUGUUCCUUUGACCCAGAUGGACUAAUUUUCGCCGUAGGAGUGAAUUCACAGUCCAUUAAACUCUAUGAUGUCCGUGCGUUUGCCAAGGGUCCAUUUAAUUCCUUUGAAUUGAGGAUGAAUCGCUCCUGUGACUGGACCGGACUGAAGUUCAGUAAUGAUGGCAAGCAGAUUCUUAUCUCGACCAACGGAGGAAUGAUCUGCAUCCUCAACGCCUUCACAGGAGAUGUGAUGCACAAGUUUUCUGGCUACAACAACAGCAAAGGCUUAAAGCUAGAGGCGUGUUUCACCCCCGACUCUCAAUUCGUCAUGAUCGGCUCAGAGGAUGGGAGAGUCCAUGUUUGGAGCACGGAGAACAAGAUGAAGGUCGCUGUGUUGGAUGGGAAACAUCCAGGUCCUAUCAGCGCCAUGCAAUUUAACCCCAGAUACAUGACGUUUGCCACUGCCUGCUCCAGCAUGACAUUUUGGCUCCCGAGCGUUGAAGACAUCUAAUGACUAUAAUUCUACAAACAUUUUUGGUUACACUUCACUGACAUCAAAAUGUUUAUUUCUUCCUUUUAACCUCAGGCUGUUGUCGGCUAAAGUCAUUUAUAGUGUACUCAUUUUUUUAAAUAACGUUUUACCUAAAAGUUUUAUUUUUAUUUUAUUUUUUUUACAAUUCACGUCAUCAUGUUUUUUAAAGAUGUAUUUUAUUCUUCUAGUGUUUGUUCAUUUAAAUAUUUGAACUUGAUCUAUUGUUAAAUCAAAUAAAU